GAUAAAAGAAACAAAGCUUCUUCCCUAAGCUUUACUUCAUAGCGACGUUCAGUUUUCAGACGGUUGCUACCUGCAUGGGAAGAUGAAGCGUCCUUCAACGUUCGUGUUUGUCAGAACCCAGUGAACACGUCUCUGGACUAUAGCCUGGUUUGCUGGCCAUGGCGUAUUUAGCCGUCCUUCGCUCCGACACGGGUGUGCCGUUGUUCAGCCGGACGAAAGGUGAAUUAUCUCAGCUUCCGUUCCCUUUGAUUGGCACGUUGAAUGGAGUGCACUCGUUUGCCAGCCAACACGCCACCACACUAGCCAGUGCACUCAGCGAAGAUGCCAAGAUUGUCUGGAAAAGCUACCACGACAAGGUUACACUGAUCCUAGUCGCUGGUGAGGAGGGCUCUACGGACAUUCACUUCAAGAACAUGUUAGACUACAUGUACAAUGGACUGGUCAGCAUUAUCGGCCUCGAUACGCUGGUGGAGGUCCGGAGCACGGAAAGGCUAAAACGAGAGACGAGGCUGUCAUUUGGUCUUAUUGACACGCUGCUAUUUGGAACGGACCUGCUAGGACCACUGACUCACUCUGUCGACGUCAUCGCCACGACUGAAACUCCUAUACUGGAGUCCUUGCUGAAUGCAUUCUCUGAAGCAGCGGAAACUCAGUUUGCAUGUGCCUUUGUCCGGGGCCGUGUCGUCGCCGCAACUGCAGGAUGGUGGGAUCUAUCUCCGUUUGACUCGGUGAUGCUAUCUCUGCUAUGCACGCACCAUCCUAAAUCCACUAGCCAAGAUCUGCCUGUGUACCUGCCCAAGGCAAGCCCUAAUACACCGCAUCGUCUUCUUAGCCUCAAGGUGGUGGAAGACUUCACAGUUGCUCUGCUCUGCGAGGCUGUCCCAACCCUGGAGGACGUACAGGAACAGAUACUACCCAGCAUUUGGACAGGUCACCUGGACACCGUGCACAAGUGCAUUCAGACGUUUCCGCGCAACGUGCCAGCUCAAGUGUCCCUGGAGAACUCCCUGCUUGCGUUCAUUCUGGUGAAUGAUGAAACUCACCGCUGCCUAUCCAGCUAUGACUUGGGACCAGCCCAGCCGCCCGAUGCCCCUACCAACGCAGACUUUCUAUCACCCGGUCAACGCCGUCUCGUUUUGACGUCCUUCUAUAAGUCGACGGUGGGGUCAAUGUUCCCACAUGCACUUCAAGAUGACAAUGGUGCUGAUACAGACUUGCGCAAUAUCAUUCCCCAUCAACCCGUGGAGACCUACCUGUGUGCGGAGGAGUACAAGUGUUAUGCGUUGCACUUCAACUUCCACCAGCUGUUCACGUUGUUUACACCCAGUACUCCCACAUAUUCUAUGAGAUCACUGAGCUACAGCACACUGGACUCACUGACCACCGACCAGUUUAUCAGCGUGUAGUCGGCAUAAAGCGACGGCAACGUUGCCUUGGACGGCGAUGAGGAUGAUGUGCGAGAUUUGCAGCCACGGCGAAUGUUAAACGCGGAUUCAUCUGGAUUAUUGACAAGGCGUACAGCGUACAACGACCUGGCCGUACCAUGAUUGCACUGCCCGUGUAGUCAUUGUCCCAGACCAGCAGCACAAGUUCCAUACCGUACUAUUUCUAAUGUGUUAUCAAGAAACGAACGGAUAUUCUAAUAUGCAACUGCUCAUACUUCGAAGUACAUGGACUUCACAGAAUAUUUACCGAGUAGUUUAAAAUUUGGGUAGAUGGCACACACUGCAAACAAAGGAUACUUGGGAGAAAAGCUGAACUGACCUUGAACAUUAUAAUUUGACGUACAUGAUUGCUUGGCUUGAGCAUUGAGCCCCUUUUCUGCAUAUUUGUUAGGCAUGCUACUUGACAUGCUACAUAACUAGUCAACAAUAGCCAUUUUCUUUUUUUAUCAUUACUAAAUCAGCAGCACAUUACCAAUCAAAAAAUGAUGGUUGAAGGAAAAUAAAAGCUUGGAUAAACAUGUGUUU